CAUUCCUAGCAACCAGCAUGGCGACGGUAAAGCGUUGCCCGGCAUUUGUCGAAGCUCGUUGGUAACUAGCUUAGUUUUGCCGUAUUAGAACGCUGGCAUUUGAACAAGCCGAGGCCUCUGGACCUCUGUCUUUAAUCCUUUGAAAAAUUUCUGAAUAGAAUGGGAAUCGCUAAAUUAAAACCUUCAAUGGGAUCGAGAACAGGAAGUGUUUUAUCCGGAUUGGAGAGCAGCUCUGGAGGGAAAAGGCAGACAUUAAAAACUAGCUCUUUCUGCCCUCAAUCCUCCAGCAAACUGACCCAGUCCAUCAUUAAAGAUCACAUGGUGUCUCAUUACAAAAAGAUUUACUCAGCUAAAGCUGCUAUCGAUGCCUCAGUACCCAAAAGCCUGUUGCAAAGUGUAAAAUACAAGGACCAAAUCAGAAAGGAACAGCAGAGGAAAAAUGGUCGUCCUCAUUCAGCUUUCUCCUCUUUGGACAGAGAUUGCAAACCUUCCUGCUUCUCAGCUCAGGAUGGUGAGCGCCCCUACCUCUGCUCAAGGAGCUCCGUCGUCUCAAGCCCGAGAUUCAACAGCUCCUUUAAUGCCAAGGAUGUUGUUUAUCCGUCCAAUUCCCAUUAUGCCUGCCCAUCAUCAGAGAGGAGGUACCGAAGCCCUGAAACAGCUUUUCAAAGGAAGCAGACCUCAUGUUCUCUGCUAGCUACAAGAGAUCAAUGGUUCUACAAGGCCUUCCAGGACCCUGUAAAGAAGACCUACAGCGGAGACUUGCUUGAAAAACAUUCCCAGCAUUUUACUCCAGAGAAACCAUUCACUCCCAAGACUCUGAAGUCAGAAAAAAGUUCAUACCUGUCAAAGUAUCGCUUCUACAGAGCACCGCAGAGUAAAUCUUGUCAGGAUAGGAGCAACUCAAGACUGCAGGGGGAGGAGAAACCUUGUAAAAGCCCAAAUGAAAAAGAAUACACAGAAAGACUAGAUAAGCCAUCUCAGGAAUAUUCUACAGAGCCUGAGUGGUCUGAUUAUGAGGUCACUGAUACAUACCUAUCCCCAUCGCAACUGCAGGAGCAUAAAAUUAAAAGUGCGGAUCAUUAUUUUGUUGGCUCUUCAUCCGGCAGGGUCUCUCCAGGAUGGAAAUCUCCUGUUAGGAGCCUUAUAUCUGCAGAAGAAGAAGAGCUCCUAUACAUUGAAUUCAUUUCUGCUGUGACAGAGGAUAUCCUGUCCAGGGGCCACAUAUCUGACAGGAUGCUUGACCGGGUGAUGAAUCAACACAUUAAUAUGAAUCUCCAUCAGCUGGAUGAGGGUAAAAUGCGUUACCUUCUGGAAGUGUUGCGUAAAGAAUUUGAGGAACCAUCCAAUGUAUCUGCUUCAAGUGAAGACCAUUUAAAAAAUGGGAGCGCUUUUCUUGAUUCUAUAUUCUCCACUUUAGUAUCUGGGUCUAAACCAGCAAAGACUAAAGAUGUGAAGGAAAGCAUAACCAAUGCAUCACCCAUUGAUGACUGUAAAUUGUCAGAUGGUGAUAAUCCUUCACCGGUUUCUACACCCUCAACCUCUCCUGUAAGAGCUACAUCUCCAACCAAACAAAGGGAAAAUGAGAAGAGGAGAGAAAAUGCUGCAGAAGUUGUAGGAUUAAUGAUAUGUACCGAUAAUGCGACAGACAGGACAACAACCAGUCAAGGAGCAGCAGUGAAUGUCCAUAAUGAAAGUGAUGAGCACAUGACUGUGAGCAGUGAUGUAAAAAAAUGUGAUGGACCAUCUAAGAAGGAUAGUCAAAAAACAAAGAGAAAACACUGACAUACACAUCCAAGAAAUGUCUCAAGCUCCAAUGGAUAUCAGUAAUGUGGAACAGUUUUGUGAAGGUCAGCAGCAUGUGGAAAACAGAGACCAGGAUCAGCUGAAUAUCUCUGAGGAAUCAGUACAUCGCUGUGACCACUGUGGAAAGGGUUUUAAGAGAUUUCAUAAUUUGAAAAGACACCUGGUUAUCCACACCGGCGAAAAGCCUUUCGUCUGCCAUCAGUGUGGGAAGCAGUUCCGCCAGAAAGGACAUUUGAAUUACCAUCUCGCCAUUCACACCGGCGAAAAGCCUUUCGUCUGCCAUCAGUGUGGGAAGCAAUUCCGCCAGAAAGGACAUUUGAAUCGCCAUCUACCCAUUCACACCGGCGAAAAGCCUUUCGUCUGCCAUCAGUGUGGGAAGCAGUUCCGCCAGAAAAGAGAUUUGAAUUGCCAUCUCGCCAUUCACCGGCGAAAAGCCUUUCGUCUGCCAUCAGUGUGGGAAAAGCUUUGAUCGUAGAUCUUCUCUGAAAAGACAUCUAAAUAUCCACACCAGAGUCCCUACAUGUGCAGGAGGCGUGGAAAAAGCUUCAGACCAUUGAAAUCUGUGCAACAUCAUCUGGAAAUUGACACAAGAGAAGAAAAACCUACCAUAGUGGAGGCUUCACUUCCUGUUAUGCUUUUCCUUAUCUGAGACCAAAGCUUAAUUUUAAUCUUUAAUAAAAUUCACUUACAUUCAAUGACUUUUUUAUUUGUUCCUUUUGCAGCUAUAGUUCUGAUAAAAACUUUAAAUUUUGUACAUAUUCCCCCAUUUUUAGCUUCCUUUUAAUGGCUUCCUGUUAAAUCCAGAAUUACAAUGACCAGAUAAUGGAAGACCCAGAUUCAACCGGAGCAAGAGACGUUUAAACAGUUUAUUGGAAUGAAACUGGCGCUGGUUGGGAGAGAUUCACCAGAAUCAGCAAUUGCAACACAGAAUACAGGUCAGAGAUCCAAAAGACACUAAGACAGGUCCGAUGGGGGUCAGGCAGGCAGGCAGGUUUACAGAAAUACUCGUAAUAAUCUGGCACUAGUCACUGGUCUGAGAGCUGGUUAUACAGUUAGUUAAGAGGGAAAAUCUGAUGGAGGCUGAGCAGAGCUGACAGGUGUGUUGAAUCCUGAAUCAAACCAGCACUCAUGCCAGGAAUCAUUACAAGAAUAGAAUUCAAAAUCCCCCUUCUCACCUAUAAAGCCAUAAACAACCAAGCUCCAA